UUUCUGCUUUGCAUAAUGUUUAAUUUUCUCUCCCGCUUGAUUUGAGGUAUCUUGCUGAGGUGAUGGGUUUUUGAGUGUUAAGAGUUAAUGUUGUUUUGGCUUGCGUAUUUAGACUUUUUAUCUGGGAGAAGCUUGAUGUCAAAUUAUAGUUUCUGGAAAUCAAAUUGAUUCCCAGGAUGUCUUGUUGCGUUUGCAUUGAAUCAUUUAUUCUCUAAUAUUAACGCAGUAAAAGGGUGACGCUUCUUCUAGGUCAUGGUGACUGAAAUUUGGUAAAGUCUGUAAAAGAGUGUAGUUGAGGAAACAUUUUGAAUGAACAAAAGUAUGAGUUACAGCUCAAAUAAUUUAUUCAGGCUAUGAAUUGAACUUGAUUCCUUUGGUCUCAAUAAAGAUUUGGCAUUGAAAUCUCGUAAUGGCUGAGCUCAUUCCUAUAGGGACUAUAUUGGCUGUGCUAACAAACCAGGUCAUUAAAACAGCUCAGGCUGCAAAAAAUAUUGUAAUUGAGAAGGAAAGUUUCAAGGUCCUGUCAAAGCACCUCUUUGACAUUGAAAAAGUGUUAGAUGAAUUGCAACUUAAAAACUUGAAUGAUUCCCCAGCUGUGAGGCUCGCACUUGAUAGGCUUGAAACUGACGUUGAGAAGGCAAAUAACUUGGUUGAGAAAUACAAGAAUAGAGCCCGAUUCUACUUACUGGUCAAAUGCCGGCACAUUGUCAAUGAGGUACAAGAAGUCACGAGGGAUAUUGGAAGGUCUUUGGCUUCAUUAUCCCUUGCGAGUACUGAAGUCCUUGCAGAAAUAUCUGACCAGGUGAAUAGACUACAAAAUGAGAUGCAAAGAGUGGAAUUUGAGACAUCACAGUCUCAGCUCCAAAUUCUUGACAAAUUAAACCAGGGUCUUAGAGAUCAGAAACUUGAUCAGGGUUUUGCAAAUGACAUGCUUGAGCAGAUAGCAACGGCAGUGGGGGUACCUGUUGAGCCCUCAGAGAUAAGCAAGGAGCUGGCAAGCUUUAGAAAGGAAAAAGAAGAAGCAGCCAACCGGAAAGAAAGAGCUGAAGUUCUAUUCUUAGAGCAGGUAAUUGAACUUCUCUCUCAGGCUGAUGCUGCAAGAGACUACGUAGAAAUCAAAAAGCAGUAUUAUCAAAGGCUUCAGGUUAUAGAACGUUAUGAUGCAGGGGAAGAUUAUAUCCCUCCGCUUAAUUCUUUCAUUUGUUGUAAAUCUGGGACAGUUAUGGUUGACCCUGUCAGCCUUUGCACUGGUACUACCUGUGAGAGAGCUGCCAUUGAAGCUUGGCUUGAUAGUGGAGAAAAAACUGACCCAGAAACGGGUGAAGUUCUUGAAGACACUUCAUUGAGGUCUAACCUACCUUUGAGACAAUCAAUAGAGGAGUGGAGGGAACUAAAUUAUUGUCUUAAAAUCAGAUGUUGCAGGGUAAAGUUGCUAUCAGGUUUGGAUUCAUACGAGGAGGAAGCCCUUAGACAAAUGCAGGAUCUUAUGAGAGAAAGUUCCAUUAACAAGGACUGGAUUUUGAUAGGAGGGCUUACUGAUAUUAUAGUAACGAUCCUGGGGAGUUCACACAACAAAGACAUAAAAAGGAAGAUUUUAAUUACCUUAAAAGAUCUUGUUGAAGGGAAUGCAAGAAAUAAGGAAGAAGUGAUUGAAUAUCAGGGAUGGGAUCACAUUGUUCGUUGCUUAGGGCGUGACUCUAGUAUCUCAAGGGCUGCAGUUGAAUUGCUGUAUGAGUUGUUGCAAGACAGAUCUGGGUGGAAUGUGUCUGCUUGCAGGAAACUCUCUCAACAAUGCAGUAGCAUUCUUUUCCUCGUGACUCUAUUAAAGGGCCCAGUAAAGGAGUCGGCAGAGUAUGCAGAAAAGAUCUUGCAGAAGCUUUUUGAUCUUGAUGAAGAGAACAUUUCCUGUGCUGCUAAGUCAGGCUGGUAUAACCCACUAAUUGACCGCAUCAUUCAAGGGCCAGAGUCUUCAAGGAUAUUGAUGGUGACUGCACUAGUUAAUAUGGAACUGGUUGAUUCAAAUUUAGAACUCCUUGGAAAGGAAGGGAUUAUACCUUCUUUGCUUGAAAUGGUGAAGUUUGGCAAUUUACAGUCGCGAGAAUUGUCCUUAUCUGUCUUAGUUAAACUAUCGAGUUGUCAUGCCAAUAAAGAUCUUUUUGCUGCUGCUGGUGGCGUUCCUCUUAUUUUGGAAAGAAUGUUCUCUUCCCAUGUGCACAAGGUUAUUAUCAUUAAGUGCUCUGAAAUCCUUGAGAAACUUUCUUCUGAUAAUGAUGGAAUCAAAUUCCUUCUUGAUGAAAAAGGGUUCCAACUUGACUUGGAAUGGAUCAUCACCAAUCUGUUAGCUUUGCAACAGAAUUCCAAUUCUUCCCACAUUGUUAGAAAGCCUGCUUUGCGUGCUCUUUUCAGAAUUUGCAAGUCUGAAGCUGAGUUGGUGAAGACUGCAGUUCUCAAGGCUGAUGGUGUAUCUCUGGUCCUUCCUCUGCUUGAUGACUCUGACUCAGAAAUUCGAGAAACGGCCAUAAAUAUUCUUUUCCUUUUUUCUCAUCAUGAACCUGAAGGAGUUGUGGAGUAUCUUCUUAAGCCAAAAAGAUUGGAAGCUUUGGUAGCAUUUCUUGAGAAAAAUGAUAAUAGUGAUGUGCAGAUGGCUGCAGCUGGUUUAUUAGCGAACCUUCCAAAAUCUGAACUACCUCUAACCAUGAAACUAAUUGAACUGGAAGGACAUGAUGCAAUCAUAAAAAUUUUAAGAUCUGGGACAAUGGAAGCAAAAGAAAAUGCUCUAAGUGCACUCUUUAGGUUCACUGAUCCCUCAAAUCUUGAGUCACAGAAGAUUGUGGUUGAACAAGGAGUAUACCCUUUGCUUGUUAACCUUCUAAGGGUUGGUUCACCAACAGCAAAGGCGAGAGCUGCAGCUCUAAUUGGUACACUUUCGACAAGCACUCCAAAGCUCACGGUCAUGACAAAAACAUCGAGCUGCUGGUGUUUCUGGCCCUCGCGUGUCGAUCUAUGCUCAGUUCAUGGUGGCAUAUGCAGUGAGAACACUACAUUUUGUCUCUUGCAGGCAAAUGCUUUACUAGAUUUGGUAAAACUCAUACACGAGAAGGUUCAUGCCACAGCUUAUGAAGCAAUUCAGACUCUCUCCACUCUUAUUCCGGAAGCCAGUCCUCAAAGAGGAGUCAAUGUCUUGCAUGAAGCUGAUGCCAUAAAACCUACAUUGGAGAUUCUGAACUGGGGAACUGACCCUCUCAAAGAAGAGGCUUUGGGACUCUUGGAAAAGGUUUUCACGUCCCGGGAUAUGGUUGAAAUCUAUGGAUCAAUGGCUAGAUUACUUCUAGUUAGUCUGACAGGCAGGAACAUUCACGAUGACGGUUGUCUUGGCAGGAAGGCUACAAAGAUCCUGUCACUUAUUGAGCGCUAUUCAAGAUCAUCAACGUCUCUUCUUCCAGGACUAUUCAUGUAAAUAAUUGAAUUAUCAGGUUCAAAUAUACUUAAAUACUGUUAAAUAGACUAUGAUUCUAGUAUAUUGAGAUAUCAUAUGACAGUGCUAUUCAAUUUCUUCUUUCCAAAUGUUAAACAAUUUCCAUUUUCCA